AUGGCGCCCCCUCUCCUCUCGCCGCCGCUGCUCGCCGACGCACUCGCGAAGCUGCCACGGUCUUUCCCCUGCUCCCGCCCCACGCGGCAACUGCCCACCGUCGGGUUCGCCGGAGCCGUACGGGGCGACCGGCAGGGGAGCUGGAGUGCGCGGAGAAGGGAUCUCAGGAUCUGUGCCACUGCGACGGAAGCGGAUCAUGAAAGGGAGGAGGAGGAUAUUGCCGACGAUUACUACUCCGUUCUGGGUGUGAUGCCAGAUGCAACCCCUGAGGAAAUUAAGAAGGCAUACUACGGUUGCAUGAAAGAGUGCCACCCUGACCUUAGUGGGAACGCCCCUGACGUGACUAACUUCUGUAUGUUCAUCAACGAGGUUUACUCGGUGUUGAGUGAUCCAGCACAACGUGCAGUGUAUGAUGAGAUCCAUGGGUACACAGCAACAGCAAUCAACCCUUUCUUUGAUGACAAUGCACCCAAGGAUCAUGUGUUCGUUGAUGAGUUUACCUGCAUUGGAUGUAAAAACUGUGCCAAUAUCUGCCCUGGCGUCUUUGAGACUGAGGAAGAUUUUGGGAGGUCAAGAGUCUACUCCCAGUCAGGUAGCACAGAGCUAAUUCAGGAUGCCAUUGAUAGUUGUCCAGUUGAUUGUAUUCACUGGACUUCCGCUGCACAACUGUCACUCCUUGAGAAUGAGAUGCGUAGAGUAGAGAGGGUGAAUGUUGGUUUGAUGCUUGCUGGUAUGGGAGCUUCAGUCAAUGUUUUCCGCAUGGCUAGUGCUCGCUGGGAAAAGAGGCAAGCAAAAGUCUUGGAAAAAGUCAGAACACGGAUGGUGAAACAAGAGAAUUCAGACAUGAGAAGCUCUUGGAGUGACAUCUGGGGAUCCCCACCACAAGAUCAAAGCAGCGAGGAGGAGGUAUCAGAGAGGGCCAAGAGAGCGGCAGCUGCUGCUAGACGGUGGCGAGAGUUCUCCAGACGAGGCGCAGACAGGCCUCCGACACACAAACUUCCGGAGGCAGUGGGCAACAAAGAUUAG